AAGGAAACUUCAGAGAUCAGUACUAAGAAAACCACAUAGUCACUUCCAUGGAAGAAGGGUUGUCAGGACGCUUUUACAUUAAAGCUGCAGGUGGGGUUCGCGGUAGUGGGGGUGGCGGAGGUGGGACCAAGUGUGGCCGCUGGAACCCGACCACCGAGCAGGUUAAAGUCCUGACUGAUCUGUUCAGGGCGGGGUUGCGGACUCCGAGCACUGACCAGAUUCAGAAGAUCUCGUCCCAGUUGAGCUUCUAUGGCAAGAUCGAGAGCAAGAAUGUCUUUUACUGGUUUCAGAACCACAAGGCCAGGGAGAGGCAGAAGCGCCGGAAAGUCUCAGUCGAUGAGAAAGACGUGAAUAUACGCCGUGAGGAAAAAAUCCCCCAACCAAAAUAUUUUGCUGAAGUAACUAACCAUGUGGUUGAGCCAGCUGCUGACAGGGUGAUCCAAACCCUUCAGCUCUUCCCCAUCACCUCCUUUGAUGAACCCGAACCAGCCGAGAAGCUUAGGUUGCGCGUAGGCGAGUGCAGGGAGUUUGCUCACACUUUUGUGUCCGACAUAGAUCACCCACCGCUGGAUCUGAGAUUAAGCUUCUUCUAGAUAUAUCGCGUUCAUCAUGACAUUGCUGGACAACACCUGCCAUGUCCUUUCAUCUCUAGACGAAAUAAAGGUUGUUCCACACCUAUCUGACUAGGGUGAGCAAGGAAAAUGCACCACAUAUUGCGCAGGCUCAUAAACACUGAUGCCGGUUGAUGUCAUUUAUGAUCAUCUCAAACCGACUUCUCAAGGGCAGUUUCCUUGCUCAAUCUCUGGUAGUUAAACUAAUAUUACCAAGUCAAUGUUCGUGAAAUGGCCGAGCUGAAAGUGUUUGCAUUCAGACUAUGGUAAUGUUAAUUUCCUAUAAUAUUACAAGUGAUGAUUUUAAUAUAUGUAAAGUUGUGGGACAUUCUCCUCUGCAUGCUCAUGAAGUCUUUUGUUGUUAUCCUCUCCGAACUUACCCUGUUGGAUGUUUUGAUACACACACACACACACACACAUGUUUAUGGGGAAAAUCAUAUAUCAGUGCCUGGGAAUAUGGGGAGUUCUACCAUAUAUAUAAUACUUUCAACUCGUUUAUCUUGAAGUCCAUGAA